GCGCACUGUGAUAAAGAAAAACGCACGUCAUUGGUCUAUUUCACAUGUCUGCUGAUGUGCCGGCUUAAGCUGUUUUUUUAGUUCACAACAGUUUAGUUCAGCGUCUAUCUCUUGUGUGCAGCUUCUGUGAGGUUUGAGCACGCUUUUCUGUUUUUUUGCCAGAGUUUGAAAGCUAAAACAGACAUAGCCAAGCUAGCAUUACAUCUCAACCUGGCUAACGUCAGCUAGCUGCUCAGUCAUACGUUAGGGAAACGUCAGAAAUAACGCUAGAAUGGGCGAUGAAAACAAAGCAGGAAACACGUUUGCAGGUAAUCGCAAUGUUGAGGUAAAUGGCGAAACGGCAGACGAUACAGUAAAAUAUUACACAUUAGAAGACGUAAGAGUACAUAAUAUGAGCAACGACACAUGGCUCAUCAUCCACGAUAAAGUAUACAACGUCUCACGUUUCCUGGAAGAGCACCCGGGGGGUGAGGAGGUUUUGUUGGAGCAGGCAGGUGGAGAUGCCACAGAAAGCUUUGAGGAUGUAGGUCACUCUACUGACGCCAGAGAGAUGCUUCAGCAGUACUACGUUGGGGAGCUUCACAUGGAUGACAGAAAAACAGGGAAGGCAAAGGAAGUAAAAGCCACAAAAUCAGGAGAGUCCAGUAGCACUUGGACCACAUGGUUGAUUCCUGUGAUUGCUGCAGCCAUUAUUGGGAUCAUGUAUCGCUACUACGUGUUGGACUCCAAGUCUUCAUGAGUACCAGCCAUCUGUUUUGAUCCCACUGAUUUUCAUCCGGAGGCCUUGAAAUGUUUGACCAAAACCUCCUCACACUGAUGAACACAAUCGUGAGUGUCUGCAACCAGAAAAGCAGUUUGAUAAAAUACUUUUGUUCCUGUUUGUCCACAUAGAGCACACCAAAAAUACAGUUAAGGAAAUAGUGAUUAAAUUGUCUGCCUUCAGUUUCUUCCACUUGUCAUUAAUUAAGCACUGUCAUUGAUAUUAAAUGAAGUCUAAAGUUUUAUUGUUCAUAUGUAUUUAACCCAGGUUGGUUACUGGAUCAAAUGCAUUAUUACAGAUGAAAUCUUUAUCACCACUGCAUAAUGGUGAUAAACUUGCGGCAGUAGAUCAGUGACCACGACCUGCUGUAUUGUUAAGAAUUACAGCAUUAUUCAAUGCAUGUCUUACUACACUAUUCCAGUGUUAGCAAUGAUUCUUUAUUGGCAGUAAAUGCAUCAUGUUUCCAAUUAUGUAAAUGCAGCAUCAUAUCUUUGCAUCUGUUACUUUUGAAAAUGGUGAAUCAUGUAAUAUCAAUGAUUAUUUAAGGUAGAAUUAGUUUCAACGUGUCCUUUUCUACAGCUGUUAUACAUAGAUCAUACAUAAAUAUAACCCUAGUAUGUAAUAAAAUAAUAUUUUAAUACCCAGAUACUAUAGUGAUGAUGAAAACACUUACAUACAUGUUAUUUGUUUUCCUUUAUUGUUGUUCUUCACUUUGCCUCUUCUUGCCUUUUGCUUCCUUUUAGCGUAUCCUAAUUGUACAUUGGGUGAACAGUACAAUUGAAUUACACUGAGGUUUAAUGUGUGGAUGUUGUUUGAAUGCUGUAUAAUUUGCAGGUUGUCACUUGUAGACAUCAGGGGUUGGAACCGUUAAUGUGGUUUCAUUUGACAUCAUUUUUAUUAAUUGAAUAUUCUCAAAUAUGCAGUUUAUUUAAUGUUAGUAUUGGGGAAAACAUCUCUCAUGCCAUAUUAUUAAAGUCUCUCGGUAUCAGACCUGCUGCUAUUUCUGCGUGACUACAUUACCUGCAGAUUUUCCAAAUUUAGUUGAUUUAAAUAUUUGCCAUAUUUUACACAUCAACUGCUGUUUCCUGUCUCAGAAUAAAGUAAAUGCAUCUCUGACCUCA